AGGCAAAAAUGUGCUGAGAAGUAGCUGGUCUGGUUCGUGCUGCUGCUUUGGAAGUGUUAUGGCAGUUUGAAAAGUACUGAGGCAAACACUGUCUCACCACACAUUUUACGGUGGCUCUGCUUUAGUGGAAGUCAUAGAUUAGGCUUAGUCAUAGCUCAUAUCAUCAUAGCUUAUUGUAUUUACAACACAUAUUGAUACCACUAAUAUGAGCGGUAUUAUACAUGGUUAUAUGCAGUAUUUUGUAUGGAAACAAUCCAUUGAACUCAAUCAAUACAUGAAAGGUUCAACUGUUUUCAGACAUGAAUUAUAUUAAUUUCUUCUAAGGAGUACUAUACAAAGCGUGCUUUCCCACCUUGUGGAACAUGAUAGAUAAUGCAUGCUACAUAAUCCUCUACAUAAUGAAGAGUGCUCACCUGACAUCAAGGAGAGGUGUGGCCAUGCAGGAGCUGUAUAAAUGAAAGCAUGUCUGGAAUUUCAUUCAUAACAUUGACAACCCCAGACAGGGUGCACCUCUGAGAACAAACCAACCAUGCCUAGCUCAGUCGCACUGCGUUUUCUCUUCUCUUGGGUGGCCCUCCUCUCCAGCCUCCAUCAGGGGGAGGGCCGGCCCCGCCUGGCCAAAGACAGUACACCCCACCUGGGGCAGGAGGAGAGCCAGAGGGCCCUGCUCCUGGAGGCAGUGAAGACAGGCAUCUUGAGCUCCGUGGGGAUGGAGAAAGAGCCCAGGCCCAGGGAAUUGGCUUCAGAGGAGGAGCUGAGGAGGAUGCAUCAGCUCUACAAGGAAACACUGAGGCAGCUGACAGGGAACUCCAGUCAGGGGGGGGAAUCCCGGCAUUCCCCUUGGAGGACAUCCACCCUGCUUCUCCCAGCCACAGUGGAGCCUUUCAAAGUGCUUCGGACUGAUGAGGAACACACAUCAGAUGUGCUUUGGUACAGAGCUGUCUUCCACAAGAACCCAAACAUCAGGAAGGAUCUCACUUUGGCCUGGGCUGAGCUGAAGCUCUACAGACAACUGUUGGAUGGCUCGAAAGCUGCCGAGCCCACGAUUAGUGAAGAGGUUCAUGUCAAGAUCUAUGAGACGAAACCACUGAACUCUUCUCUAUUGAUUCACACAGAGACCCUUGUUCAGACGGUCGCUACAAGAACUGGAGAUUUGACUUUGGACAUCAGAACUGUUGUUGAAAAGUGGAGAGGGAGGACGGACGGCUCCUCUCUGGUUGUGGAAGUAGGACUGGCCAUCGAAGAGGGUACUGAUCCCAAGAGGACCCCUCAGAUGGUCCUGGAGGUAGACCUUGUAGAGCCUAGAUCAGCAGGCAGAAGGAGACGGACUCGCUCCAACAAAGAAGACAACUGCGAUGAAGACGGUCGCUGCUGCCGAAAGUCUGUCAACGUGUCCUUUAAGGAGAUUGGCUGGUCAGACUGGGUCGUUGCCCCCGAUGGUUACAACAUGCACUUCUGUGAUGGCUCCUGCCCCCACAACUACAAGCCAGCUAGCAUGCACGCGCAGGUGAAGUCUCGUCUUCAUCACAUCAACAAGGGAGCAACACCUCGGCCCUGUUGUGUGCCGGCAGCCUAUGAACCUAUGGUCCUCAUGCACUACGACAGUCGGGGAAAGUUGAAGCUCACACCCUUCAAUGACUUGAUUGUCAGCAAAUGCCACUGUGCUUGAGUUCUUCGGGACAAGACCAGGCAAGGACAAAAAAAGAGAGUUGGAAAAAACUUUUUCCUUUUGCCGAGCCAUUAGAUACAAUGUGCUAGCGGUACAUUCUGAAAUAGAAGGGAUACUGUUUUCAAAUGAAGUAAGAAAAUAACAGUUGUCAUGCUCAAUUAGUGACAUUCCUAGUGUCCUUUUUGAUGGUUAAACAAACAAAAAUACCCAACAUCCUCCAUCAUCCAUGGAUUCUGAGAGCAAAAAUAGGUUCAUUGUAAACAAUUCAAGUUACUGUGGAGUGAUGAUUCUGAUAUGUACUAUUUUAUUUGGAAGAUUACACUUAUGUUAGUGUCAUGUGGCCCGUAAUGUCAUAUUCUUCCAAGACUAUGUACAAAAUUACAUUAUUUAUUGUAAUUUAUUUAACAGGGUCUAAAACAUAUUUGUAUUGUUUGUAGUUUUCCAAUGUUACAAUAUUUAGUAUGUUCCUUACAUCACUGUACUUUAAAUAUAUAUUCAAUUGAAUUUAAUGCUAUGUACAGUAUUAUUUCCAAACAUUUUGGAAGUUUGUCCAGAGAAAAUAUACUAUUCUUUAACAUUUCAAUAAUAGUAGUAUGGAUAUUACUACUGUUUAUGUUGGGUCGUUGUGCCUGAAUGCAUCUGUACACAAACUUUACAAUAAAUAUUUUUACAUACAAAUUAUGUUUUUACCCCAUGUGUUUAAUUCCUUAGCAACAGCAACAGAACUUGACAUUCUGACAAGA